AUGCCUUCUCCGGCCAGGGCCAAAGACUGGACGUCGUCCGAGGAGCUCAACUACGAGCUGCAGAUCUAUCAGGGCAUGGUCUACUCUUUGGUCGGCAUCCAAUUCUGGGAGCACAUGCUCACCUUCGAGUUUGAGAUUGCCAUCUUCACCGGCAGGGCCAAGUGGCGCCAUGGGAUGCUAGCGUACUUGAUCAUCAGAUACUCGACUUGGGCGGCUCUGAUACCAAUGGCGAUCAAUAUCAACUCGACGAGGCCGAUCCGCUGCGAGGCAAGCUUGAUUGCGCUUUUGAUCCCUUUCAGCUUGUCGACCAUGACCACUAGCCUCAUGUUUGUGGUUCGAUGCAUCGCUGUUUGGGAAAAGAAUGCUUUCGUGAUAUGCCUCCUCGUCCCUCUCUGGGCCACAGAAGCCGCGCUCCUUCUAAGCAGUCCUGCUCGUAUCCACUCUACCUGGACGGGCCACCUCUGCCUUACCUUCUUCACGCGGCCAAUGUGGGAGUACAACCUCGCCUACCUCUUUGUCGAAAUAGUGGACAUUUUCACAUUCAUCCUGACAGCCUGGCGCCUACGCACCAUCAAGAACGUGGGCAUAGGUAGGAUCCUCUUCCAACAAUCGGUGGCCUACGUCUUUGUGGCUACCGUACUCAAUACGGUCUGCCUCGCCUUGUUCUACCUGGCACUCAACCCGCUCAUGGGCUACAUCUGCACUCCAAUGGCUAUGACCCUGUCGGGCAUCUUGGCCUGCCGCGCUUUUCGCGACUUGCAGCGAUCGACUCACAAGCCAGAACGCUCUUUCGACGGACCGGACCUCAACAACAGCGCCUGGCCACCCUUGUCACCUGACGACGAGGAGAGCGCGCCUGUGGAGUCUGAGCCACAGAAGCACGAGCGCGGGUACAGCAAGGAGCUCAAGCACACGGCUACCAGCACCAAGCAUGCCCACCAUAGCUCAGGAGCCUCAAUGACGGCCUUUCGCAGCGGGUGUGGGAGUCACGAGUACUCGCGCCGCCGUGCUACUCCUCACCAGACCCUCGCCGAGCGCGGGCGCCAGCUAGGUCAACGAGACAAAGAAGACUGGCUCAGCAAAUCUGGUCUGGGAGGACGUAUCUUUGACGAGCAAUGCUCCAUCUUCGCGUCGCAGCGCCCCUACUCUCCUUCGUUCCUCAACAUGGGAGACACGCAGCGAAGCCUCGGCGAGUCGCAUCACAGUGACACAGAGCCUCUGCGCAAUGACCAAUACGCUGCGGCCGUCGCUGCGGGUGAUCACCAUCAAAUGCCUACGACUUUGCCACUCGCUCUCAAGAGCUCCCGAUCUGCGGUAAGCACCCACACGACCAGCGCAGCGACCAUGACUUCGCCGACUAGGAGUCAUAGCCAUGCUCAGAGCAAUCAUGGGCUGGCAGCCACGCCAAGCAACAGCUCGACUCUUUGCGCCCCACCCAACGCCAUUCGCAACAAGCCCUCGUCGCACCGUCUCCGUGACCUGGAGACAGCCCGUCAUGCGCGCGAGUCUGAUGAGCAGCCCCGUCGAUCUCACUCGUACUCUUGCCAGUAUCGCGAGCCGGAUUCUCCUUUUACGGCCAGCAGCAUCGAAGCCGCCUCGCCGGAGGCGAUCGUGAGUGCGGUGACGCAGUACCUCCCGCCCGCAGGCUACUCGGACAGCUACCACUCACCUGCUUCCAGCACCAGGUCCGGCGGCAUUGGGAAUGGCGGGCGUGCUCGAGCCAUCUCGCAGGGUGAUGGAGGGAUCCACGACUAUCUCAGCCAUGUGUCUCAGUUCUUGGUCCCUCCCCGCUCUGGCGCUGCGCGAGGCAAUGAUGCGCAGGGCCACGCUCAUAGGCAUCAUCGUGUGGAUGAGCAGCGCUACCAGCAGUCUACUCCCAGUCCUGAUGCGCGUGACGGGCAGCAUCAGCAUCAGCAGAGCGGCCAGUCUCAUCCGCACCAGCAACAGCCCCGUCAUGGCCGAGGCGCUGUACCCUACGGACAGUCGAUCAACCAGGGGAUGCUCCUUUGGAAUCGCUAA